UGGGCGGGGCACUCUGGGCCAUAAGAGCAGGCCGCCCCUAGCUGUGGUCCCCCUCCUUGCACGCCAAAUACAUCAAUAAAUACAUACAUCGCGCCGGGCCGCUGGGAACGUGACGCCGUGUGUGCGUGUGUGACAGCGCGAGACCCCAGAGCCAUGCCCUAAGCGGGGCCCCUCCGCCGGCCCCCGCUGACAGGAUUCCGCUGACCGGAACUGGUGAGGACUGCGACCGCCGCUACAGCAUGCCACCGAGGGCGACGGCGUGAGACGGCUGACCCACCCGCGCUCUUCUCACCCAGCACAGGUGACUCAGAGGGGCUGAGUUCCCCCCUCCCCCACCUGUAAGGAAGCCCCCCAGGGCAGCAGCUGUAGCUAUGCAGCCUGCGGCCUGGAACCUGUACGCCCUGCUGUGCCUCUGUGCCUGCAAACCGGGGGACAGCCUGUCCGAAAAGGCGGUGUCGCGGCCGCGGAGGUCACCUGACGAGGACGGCAAGAAAUGCGCCUACACCUUCCUGAUCCCACAGCAGAAGAUCACAGGACCCAUCUGCGCCAGCGCCACGGGGCCCGAGCCGGACCUGGAGCGCGUGACGCGCAUGGACAUCGCAGACGUGCGUGAGGUGCUGUCCAAGCAGCGGCGCGAGAUCGAGACGCUGCAGCUGGUGGUGGACGUCGACGGCAACAUGGUCAGCGAGAUGAAGCUGCUGCGCAAGGAGAGCCGCAACAUGAACUCGCGCGUGACGCAGCUCUACAUGCAGCUGCUGCACGAGAUCAUCCGCAAGCGCGACAACGCGCUGGAGCUGGCGCAGCUGGAGAGCCGCGUGCUCAACGUCACGGCCGACAUGCUGCGGCUGGCCGCGCGCUACAAGGAGCUGGAAGUGCGCUUCGCUGCGCUCGCCGCCACAGUCAACAAUCAGUCGGUGCUGAUCAUGACGCUGGAGGAGCAGUGCCUGCGCACCUAUGGCCGCCAUGACCCCCCCGUGGUGCCGCCGCUCGUGCAAGUGGUGCCCGAGAACAUCCCGCUCAACCACCACUUCACCAACGAGAUCCAGAGGAACCACAACCGCGCCUUCCCCCGCGGCUCCCGAGUGGAUGCCCUGCCCACUAACAGCCCCCUGGGCUUCCCACCGCCGCCCCCAGUGAACCUCAGCUCCGAGGGACCGUUCCGGGACUGCUACCAAGCACGACAGGCGGGACACGGCAUCAGCGGCAUGUACCUGCUGAAGGCCGAUGACAGCGACCGGCUAAUCCAGGCAUGGUGCGAGCAGGGCCUGGACAACGGGGGCUGGACAGUCCUCCAGCGCAGGAGGGACGGCUCGGUCAACUUCUUUAGGAACUGGGAGAACUAUAAGAAAGGGUUUGGGAACAUAGAUGGUGAGUACUGGCUGGGUCUGGAGAACAUCUACAACCUGGCCAAGCAGGGAGACUACCGCCUGCUGGUGGAGCUGGAGGACUGGGUGGGGAAGAAGGUCUAUGCGGAGUACAGCAGUUUCCACUUGGAGUCUGAGAACGAGUCCUACAGGUUGCGGCUGGGCACCUAUCAGGGCAAUGCUGGCGACUCGUUCGGUGUCCACAACGGCAAGCAGUUCACGACUCUGGACCGCGAUAAAGACGUCUUCUCGGGUAACUGCGCACACUUCCACAAGGGGGGCUGGUGGUACAACGCCUGCGGUCAGACCAACCUGAAUGGAGUGUGGUACUCAGGAGGAGUCUACCGCAGCAAGUUCCAGGACGGCAUCUUCUGGGCCGAAUACGGCGGAGGCUUCUACUCCAUGAAGGCCGUGCGCAUGAUGCUCCGCCCCAUCGACUGAGAAGCGGCCCGGCUUGCUGUCCCCCUGGCCUCCGCCUUCUACCUCUCAGACAUGCCACCCCCUGCAGGGCACUCCAGUUUAUGGGGAGCCACGUGCCAUAGGGUGCAGGAGAGUACGGAGGCCGGAGGCACAGACACACCAGGAAAGCCUCACUUCUCAGAAGCUCCAUCUGUGCAAAAACCAAGAUGGCCUUAGAGACCCUCAGCAGGGAUCCCAUGGCAAGGGGGGGGCGGGCUCUCGUACCACAGGCAGACCUCAGUACGACUCGUCACCUGUGUCCUACUUGCUCGACUGGGUCUCCAAUGCUACAGGAGAGACGCACACCUGCUUUGGUUAUAUAUAUAUAUAUAUGUAUGUAUAUACAGCCUCCGCUGUAAAAGCGCGUCUGAGGGGCCAAAUCUGCUUCAGCUGUGUUCUCUCUCUCUCUCUCUCUCUCUCUCUCUCUCUCACCGUCUCCUCGGUCGGCCCCUCACCAACUUAUUUAUCUCCUUAUUUAUAACAGAUUCCGUCGCGUUUUAUUUUAUCCCCGUGAAGUCGUACUUUUUGUAUGGGCCGAUUAGUCACAGAUGCCUUCGUCCCCAACUCCAUACACGUGUGUGUGUGUGUGUGUGGAUUUCGGGGGAGCAUGAAUAACCCAACACACCAAACUGACAGGCGAUGCUGCCACAUGCCAGCUCGGCCAUCUCCUCUAUGCAAAAUAAAACCUUACUGUUUUUUUUAAAGGGGGCUAUUUUCUGCUUAUUUACUCUGGUGCCUCUUGUCCUAAAUUCCCUUAAAUCAGAUGGCAGUUUGCAUGGUUACAUAGGAGGACGAUGUACAUACUGUACAGAUGUGUUGUUCGUGAUUUGGCUGAUUACAUCUCAACAUGGUAAAAGGCGGAUGGAGAGGAAAUGGAGCAGACAGCUCAUCACGUUAAAAAAAUGUAUAAAAAAAUCAGGCAGAUGAAGGACAGAGCAGCACUGCUGUGUUCAACACUCACAGAAGAACUAGGAUGAAAGCUGUGAGAGAUAAAGAGAGGAAGAGGAACAGAAAGAAAGAGGAACAGACAUUCUUUCCAUCUGAAGAACUUGGAUUUCACGUCCACAGAAAAUGCAUUUGAAAAAAAUCAUGAUUGCCUGUACAAUGUAUGCAGAGAGAGAGAGAGAGAGAGAGGGAGAGGGAGAGGGAGAGGGAGAGAGAGAGAGAGAGAGAGAGAGGGAGGAUGUGAUGUCUUUCAGGCAAGAUGCUGAAAGACAACACGGCACAAGGAUGUCAAGACUGCUCUACAGAUCCACUAUUACAACAUAGCAAGCUCUUAUUUAAAAAAUAAAACAUUUAAAAAUGCAAUAAUUUGAAACUUAUGUUUAAAUGCCUGUAAAAGUGUAUCUAAAGCUUAAUGUAAGAACAGUCUUGCCUGUAAGGUUUAGUAUUACAUAAAUACACCUGUAUGUUCACUACAGCCCUCAAACUUUU